AUGACUGUACCAAAGGACUUGGCUCUGCCUAACUUCGACGCGGUGUUCAUGCAGAAUAACCAAGAGAGCGAUUCUCAAGACCCAAUCCAAGCCCUGCAAGGCGUCCCAUAUGCCAUCCGCAAAGUCAUCAGCAUAGCCAAGAUCAAGAUUCACAUCAUCGUUGAACCCGUUGAUCCAAGCAACCCAUCCUCACCCUACCACUUCAAGCUCACAUCCUCUGUUAUGGGUCUCGGCAUAAUUGGCGCUGCACCUUUACGAGCCGUUGGCUUCCAAACUGACAACACCGACGUUCGCGUCAUGGAUGGUGUCGAGCAGGAGAAGGACGAGCCCAUGAUUGGCAAGACAAAGAGUCGCAUUUGGAUGUGCACCCUUGAGGAAUUGAUGAAGGAACCUAAUAGCAUUGGAGAAGUCACUGAGUUUCUCAAGCAAGGCUGGGAGGGUUAUGAUGAGAAGACAGCAAAGGUUGUGCGGAUUAGCAUCAAGAGUGCGGGGGCUGGAAGCGCUGAACCGUGGCAGAAUGAGCAGGUUUGGGGGGUUCAGAAGGGGAGGUGGACGGCGCGCGUUGCGUUUAGGAAGGGGAGUGUUAGUGAGACUGCCCGUAUUCUAUACGACUAUGUCGCUUGA